CAUUUAACAUAUGAAAAAAACCCGAUUAUUUAACCCUGCAUGAUUAGUUCGUCUUUUAAUAAGUCAUUAUGAUUUAAAAACGAAACUAACAAAAUGGGGGAUUCAUACGAUUAUUUGUUCAAAAUAAUUUUAGUUGGAGACGCUAACGUCGGGAAAACCAGCUUUGUUAGACGGUUCACUACAGGACAUUUUCAGCGAGAUUGCAAGGCGACCAUUGGUGUAGAUUUCACUGUACAAACGUUGCAACUUGAUGGUAAAAUAGUAAAGCUACAAAUUUGGGAUACGACAGGACAAGAGAGAUUCAGAAGUCUUAUAAAAGGAUAUUACCGUAAUGCACAUGCCGUUUUAGUUAUGUAUGACAUCACUGACACUGAAUCUCUCAAAAGUUGCGUUAGAUGGAUGAACGACGUCAGAAUAAAUAGUGGUGAAGACAUUCCACAAAUAUUAUUAGGUAAUAAAUGUGAUAAAUUGAGUAGUCGAACAGUAAGUUCGUCAGAUGGCGAACGCUUUGCAAGGCAACAUAAUAUGAUGUCCUUUUUAGAAACAAGCGCAAAAGAUGGCCGAAAUGUAGAUGAUGCUUUUUAUAAAUUGGCUCAGGAACUAUACAGGACACAUUCUGAACCUAUGGAUUAUCGUUCUGACUCUAUAAAGCUAGACUUUCUGCCAGACAACACUGCAUCUUGGUGGGGAUGUUGCGGAUAUUAACAUUCAAAAUAUUUAAAAAGUUAUUAAAAAUUAGAGGAAAAAUUUAUGUAUGACGUUUCUUUUACAAUUCUGUUCGUAUGAGGCAUUGUUAUAUUUUAAAGGUGUGUAGCAAGUUAUAGUAAUUACAAUUAUCUUUUCCAUUG